UUUCGUUCAGGCGCGCCCAGGAAUGAAUACCCAGGGCUACAAGAAUACUUCUCUCCUUUUGUCACCCCCUUUAGCAGCAUUUAAGAUCGAAACAUAUUUCUUCUAGCUCUACUGCUUGGGCACACAUCACGAGGAACAUUCUUUACUGACCAUCAAGGUGCACCUGGGCAUGGGAAAAUCCCACUAAGGAUCUACUCUGAAAACUUCUGGAACCACAGGUCGGGCUGUUCACGAUGUCAGCUUUCACUGUAUUCACAGCAUCAAGCUUCGUCUCAUCGUUAGUGAUAUACGUGCUCCCGAACACCAAUGCGACUGAUUUUGAUCUACUCUCGACAUGGAUCUGCUGUGCUCUACUUCUCACCGUUUGCCUCUCAAUGCGAAGCCAUGAUGUGCAGCUUCAGGAUCAACGGUACGAGCUUCUGGAAACUGGUUCGCCUGGAUCUGCUACCCUUCCCGUCGGCUGGAAAUGGGGUGGCGUUUUGCUCACAGCGCUGCCUGCUGUGAUGGUAGUAGCCGGAGUGCUUACCAAUGCUCAGGCUUCUCAGUACUGGUUACCUGGUCUUGUUGUCACUUGCUCGAUUCUAACCUAUCUAAACGGGUCUUCUGAUGAAUCUGUCUCGCUGGGUCAUAAGAGCAACAUCGAAAUUUCUGUUGUGGAAGAGAAGCCCUUCGAGGUUUGGCAUCAUGUUCGUUUUGUUUAUGCGAUCCUUCUCAGCUCCGGUGUUGCAUGGAUUCUCUACCUCAGCAUCUACAUAAGACAAGAAGCGUCGCAACAGAUUACGAUUGGAGUCGCCUUCUUGGCUUGCAUGGCGAUGAUUUAUGUUACCCUCCCAAAAUCUCGAAUCAUGAUCAAGCAGUGUUCUGAGAUAACGAAGAGCUCGGGAUUAGUCAAUUGGCGGCCGGCGACAAAGCUGUCUACUAAAGCAUUUCUCAUCGCAACGGUGUUGAUCGCAUUUGCGCCACUCGAACUACAGCAGCCUUUUACUACAGUGCUGUCAGGUGUUAUGCAGGCAAUACGAAUCGUUUCCAUAUUCUACUUGGUGUCGUCUGGAUCUGCGAUUGUGUCUGCCACUAGUCAACUGGCAGCCCUGGGACUAGCACAAGCACUGCUCCAGCAAGACUUGAGCGCCCUCUUCGCUGCUGCUUUUGUCGCCAUAUCUGCGAUCGCGAUGUGUGUUUUGUUCAUGCCGGUUUCAGAGCGCUUGCCUCUAUGGGCUUCAUUCUUGGUUAUGCUGGCGCCGGUACUACCUUUCGCUGCCUCAAUGUUGCAUAUCCCUGACCACACACCAAAACUGCACCCAAUUGAAACAUUGUAUCUGGAAGGAAUACAACAAUUCGAAGAAAAGCUCUUGCGGCAGUCAAAAACACCCGAAGAAGCAGUCGUAGAAUACCGCAGGCGCUACCAACGAGAACCUCCUGCCGGAUUCGAUGAAUGGGCGAAACUUGCUUUGCGAAAGGGUCUCGUGCUCAUAGAUGAGUUUGAUGGCAUGACGAGAGCAUUUGAUCCAUUUCUCAAGCUUGAUCCACCCAUUCUUACAAAAGUCUUAGCGGCAACACCUCGCGAUCUGGAUGAGUUGGUUGAGGUCAAGAUAGAGAGCACAGAGAUCACUUGGACCACCGACAGAGGUGGCAGCUACUUUGGUGAAUACUUGCACAGUUGGCUGACGGCCGAUACUGAAUAUGCGUCAAUCUUGCCAAACACCACGAUCUUGAUCAACACUUAUGACGAGCCAAAGACUGUAAUGCCGGUCAAGAUUCUCGUCGACGGGAUCCAAGAGGCCGAUUACGAGGCCAAAAUUGAAGUCGUCUCGCUAGGUCGUCAGGAUCCAUGGUCCAAUGUCACCUUGUCUUGCGCCCAAUCAUCUCCAGCGAGAGGAAACACCUAUUCCACCAAACAAACACUGCAAUUCGUCUCAAGCCUUACCGAAAGUCAGGAUCUCUGCACGCAUCGCAAAUUCGGUGAACAGUAUGCAUUGCUCAAUAGCCCCGAAACUCUGAGACUCAUACAUGCACCUCUACCGCUCUGGUCCCAGGCCAUACCAUCAUCUUUCCAGGAUAUUUUGUUCCCAAGUCCAUACUACGAGAAGCAUUGGGGCGAUUACGACGCCAAACUCGACUCUGCUUGGGAUGAAAAACAUACUAGCAUCUACUGGGCCGGCGCAACGACCGGUGGCCACAACACUGCUUCAAAUUGGCGCAACAUGCAAAGACAGCGAAUGGUCUUGAACACCAUGUCCAGCACCAGUCCUCACAAUAUAACCCUACUCGAACAAGGCAAAUACAAGAAGAGCUGGAAGCAGGUCGACGCCAACUCAACCUCCCUACAAAACCUAAUGAACAUUUUCAUCGGCAACGUAGGCCAAUGCGAAGAACCCACCUGCUCAGAAAUGAAACAAGCGUUUGCAGAAAAAGGCGAUUUGAAAAUGUCAGCAUCCUACGCCCACAAGUACGUCUUAGAUAUCGACGGCAAUGGCUUCUCCGGCCGGUAUUACCGUCUCUUGAGAUCACAUUCUGCGGUGGUCAAGCAGACGAUUCUGAAAGAGUGGCAUGAUGAUUGGUUGAUGCCUUGGGUGCACUUUAUACCUCUUUCUCUGGAGGGGAAUGAGAUUUGGGAGAUGAUGAGGUUUUUGGGAACGACGGAGAGGGGAGAGGAGAUUGGUGCGGAUAUUGCAAAGAUUUCGAGUGAGUGGGCGGGUAAAGUAUUGAGAAGGGUUGAUAUGGAACUUGUGGUGCUGAGAUUGGUGUUGGAGUAUGCUAGACUUUUCGAUCGAACAUGA